AUGUCAGGUCAACUAUGGCUUGCGCUCGUGGACACGGCCGAUAUGGUCGGUUUCACGCUUACCUUCUCCGUCAACAUUGUGCUCCUGGGGCUCAUUCGAACUCGCGGCAGAAACUUGGGCACUUACAAGUAUCUCAUGAUCUUCUUCUGCAUCUUUUCAAUCUUCUAUGCUAUUGUCGAGUCGAUUUUGAGGCCGGUAAGAUCGAAUCGCCAAAGAGCAAGUUCCCUUUAUCAAAUGCGCCCAUUCUGUAGAUAAUGCACAUCGAGAACACGACGUUCUUCUUGAUUUCUCGAAAGUGUCUAAACUAUUCCACACGUCUCGGCAAGAUCAAUUCGGCCUUUUACUGCGCCUGCUUCGCCACCAGUUUCGUCGUCUCCGCCGUCCAUUUCGUCUACCGUUUCUUUGCCGCGUGCAAGUGAGUCAUGACAGUGCUAAGAACCGCCGCUUUUUCGGUCCGAUGUGGAAUGACGUCGGUGUGCCCCAUUCUGCUGACUCACUCUUGUUCGCUUCCAGACCGCAUCUGCUCCGCUUCUUCGCGUUUCCGCGCGUGCUCAUCUGGCCUCUCGGGUGCAGCAUUCCUGUGACCGCGUGGGCAAGUGUCUCCUAUUUCCUCUACCCUGAUACCGAGUACACCGAAACCGCCGUCACGUAUGAAAGAUUUCGUUGUUAUCACGUUCUUCGAUAUUUCAGAAAUGUUCUGCGCACUCAUUACAAUGGAAUCUCAAAAGAGAAUGUAUCGUAUAUUGCGUAUGUCUACGUGAGUUUAGCUAGAAAAAGGAUUGAGCUUGAUGGCCAGACUGGUGACUUUUUAGUACUACUACCAAGAUGGAGUCAGACACGUUUACGUUAAAAAUCUUUUGGGAUGCUUUGUUCAUUACCUAGUGAUGGUAUGAUUCAAGGAUUUUCAACAACAACUGCACGACCGUUUUUCAGUCGAUGACGUUCGUCGUCGUGUUCUACUGCGGCUUCUCGACAUGGUGGACUAUCCGAGAGCAUCGGGGAGCUUCCGAUCGGACCCGUCAACUUCAGAAUCAGCUAUUCAAGGCUCUGGUGCUGCAGACUCUGAUCCCUUCGCUGUUCAUGUACAUUCCCACCGGCGUCAUGUUCAUCGCGCCGUUCUUGGACAUAAACCUGAAUGCGAAUGCCAACUUCAUCGUCUUCUGCUCUUUCCUCUAUCCCGGAUUGGAUCCACUCAUUCUGAUUCUGAUCAUUCGCGACUUCAGGAAUACAAUUAUACGUGCGUCUUAAAAAGCCAAAUAACAAUCCAUCAUAUGCUUUUAGGGAUUCUGAAAGGGAAAACGACAAACACCGUCGAGGAUUUGUACUCGACGACGACGGCGAGAGGAGCAAAGACUUCGCAGAUCGCAGGCGUCCAGCACUCUUCAUAA